AUGGAAACAAAAAAAUCAAGGUUUUCACUGGAUGAAGACAGAAUCAGUGCAUUACCUGAUGCGUUAAUUCAUCGCAUCUUUUCUUUCCUUGACAUAAAAUAUGUUGUACAGACCUGUAUUCUGUCGAGAAGAUGGAGGUAUCUUUGGGUUUCUCUAUCUACUUUAACUAUAGUGGACAUCCCGUUCAUCCAAUCUGGAGACACAUAUUUUGUCACCUUCAAUAGAUUUAUGAAUUUUGUGGAUAGGUUACUGCUUCUGCGUGACAGUUCAGAUAUCCAAACCUUAGAUCUUGCAUGGUUUACCGCUAAACACCAUCUUGAUGUACUUGGCAAGUAUGACAUAACAGAUCGUAUGAAUACGUGGAUCAUGGCUGCGGUUAAGCAUAAUAUUCAAGAGCUUCUUCUUUUUAUCAUUGCAUAUGAGAUAUUUAAGUUGCCUGACUGUUUCUUCGCCUGUAAGUCGUUGAUAAAGUUUGUGUUUUGUGGCGCUGGUAUGCAACACAGUGGCCUUGUUUUGCCUAAUACGAUGCAUUUCCCUCGGCUCAAAUAUCUAGCAUUUUCGGACGUCUCACUUGCAGUUUCCGAUGAAAACACUUUGAUCAGUAAGCUUUUCACAAACUGUCCAGUUUUGGAGUCUUUGCUGCUAACAGACUGCAGUAUACAUUUAGAUUUUUCUUCUCUUAGUCUUAAACACUUUCAAUUGGACAAUUAUGACACCUCUGGGCCUACUGAUACCACAGUCAAGCUACGUGCUCCAAAUCUUAUAUCCAUUGUCUGCAAAGAUUAUAUGUCACAGGAUUAUUCUCUAGAGAACCUUUCUUCUCUGGUCACCGCUCAUAUUGGAAUGAGAGUGAAAUAUGCUGAUGAGGAUCCUACACCGUAA